UUAGAAGUGAUUACCAUGUCCGGCCGUGGUAAAGGAGGUAAAGGUCUCGGUAAAGGAGGUGCUAAGCGCCACUGAAAGAUCCUUCGUGAUAACAUCCAAGGUAUCACCAAACCGGCCAUCCGUCGUCUUGCUCGACGUGGCGGUGUCAAGCGAAUCUCUGGUCUGAUUUACGAAGAGACUCGUGGUGUUCUUAAAGUUUUCCUUGAGAACGUUAUCCGUGAUGCUGUUACAUACACCGAACACGCCAAGAGAAAGACUGUGACGGCCAUGGAUGUGGUGUACGCUUUGAAGAGACAAGGCCGUACUCUAUACGGAUUUGGCGUCAUGGCACCUAAGGUGGCAGGGAAAAAGGGCGAGAAGAAAGCCGGUAAGGCGAAGGCAAUUGCCGAAGGUGGAAAGAAAAAGAGGAAAGGAAGGAGAAGGGAAAGCUAUGCCAUCUACAUCUACAAGGUGUUAAAGCAAGUUCACCCUGACACUGGUAUCUCCAGCAAAGCCAUGGGCAUUAUGAAUUCGUUCGUCAACGACAUAUUCGAGCGCAUUGCUACUGAAGCUUCUCGCCUUGCACAAUACAACAAGAAAUCGACAAUAAGCUCUCGCGAGAUCCAGACCGCCAUCAGGCUACUUCUGCCCGGUGAACUGGCUAAACACGCCGUCAGUGAAGGAACCAAAGCUGUGACCAAGUACACCAGCAGCAAGUAAACUCACUUUGUGGGUUUCCCGCCGAAAUCAACGGCUCCUUUAGGAGCCACCAAAUGUUAUUAAAGUCUAAUCAACUGAAAGGCUGAACGUCACAUGAUUACAAAAGCUAAGAAAGUAUACUGGAAAUAAACAUGGUCAAAUAGA